UGGUAUUCUUUUCUUGAUCUAAAACAGUAUAAAUUUGCGUACAUGCUACAGAAUGGGAGCAGACGAUGUCUUGCUACAACUUGGUGAAUUCGGACCUUAUCAAAAGAGGCUCCUCACUUCCAUCGUGUUAUUUUCGAUUGUCAAUGCUUGGGGUCCACUUACUGUGAUAUUUACUCAUUACAAUCCCGACUUCACGUGCAAGAAUUCCGUGGCAUCUCCAGAAUAUAACGUUAUCAUCUCAAAGCCUUCAUCGACAAACCAUACAGACUUGGGAAAUGCAACUGCAAUCGUAAGCGAUGAUCAAUGCGAAAUCGUCCCGGCGGGAGCAGUAAAUGGGACACCAGAAUAUGAACCAGUUCCGUGUUCUGAGUGGAUAUUUGAACCCGAAAAUGACGGGGGUGAAACUGUUACAAGCGAAAUGUCGUUAGUAUGUUCGCGUGCUUGGCUUCUCCCGUUUUCAAUAUCAAUGACAAUGAUUGGAAGAUCCAUCGGCAAUAUUGUGUGCGGCGUUCUGUCUGACAGAUUUGGACGCAGGACAAUGUUUGGGGUCUCAUCAGUUCUGGUAACUUUGAGCACGUUGGUAGUAGGUUUGUCGAGGGAUGUUUAUAUAUACACCAUAUUUCUGAGCUUGAUGGUGGCUUUAUCCAGCGUACAAUACAAUGUAACAUUUGUCAUUGGAUCCGAAAUGGUUUUACCGAGGUAUCGGAACAUAGUGGGUGGGAUGGUUAUGGUCGGAUAUAUAAUCGGAUAUGCCUCGUUACCUUUAAUAGCAUAUCUCAGCAACGACUGGCAUAUAUUCUUUUACAUCAUCACUGGAGCAUCAUCCGUAUUUCUUUGGGGUUAUUGGACAAUGCCAGAAACACUGCACUGGUUGAUUACAAAGAAAAUGUUCAAAAGAGCAAAAUCUCUAAUUGCAGAAAUUGCUGAGUAUAAUAAAUCUGACGGUAAAAUUGAUGAAAUGAUAUUGCGGCCACUCAAAGAAUUAAAGGUAAAUGAAAACAAUGAAAUGAAGGAGAGGGAAAACACGGUCGAAAAAGUUGAGCAUACUACAGUGUUACAAUUGAUAAAACACCCUCUGAUGCGAUCAAGAUUUCUAGCAGCAAGUUUUUCAUGGUUCGUUGCCAGUUUUGUGUACUACGCCAUCACUCUCAAUUCAAGUUACCUUCCAGGAAAUCGUUACAUAAAUUGCUUGGCAUCAGCAUUGUUGGAGAUUCCAAGCACGCUUCUGGCCUAUAUUCUUCUAGAUAAAAUUGGAAGAGUGAAAACAUCCUCAAUAUUUUUCUUUACUUCUGGAAUUGCUUGUAUUAUUGCACCUUUACUGGCAACAUGGUCAAAUGUAGCAGUCUCAGUAAUGAUUAUAGCUGGAAAGACGGCAGUCAGUGGAGCAUAUUAUGUAAUCUUUAUUCACACUCCUGAACUUGCACCAACUCUCAGUCGGAAUUUGUUCAUAGGAGUUUGCAACGCAUUCGCUUACGCAGGAUCGUUUUUAUCACCUUACGUUAUGUACAUAGGGACCAAUAUGGGCAUGGAAACCGUAUCGUACGUUCUGAUGGGAGGGAUGGGCGUGGUUGCAUCCGUAUUAAUACUCUUAUUUUCACCGGAAACGAUGGGAACCCGUUUACCAAGCACCAUCGAAGAUGCAGCCACUCAAAAAACCGUUAUAAAAGGUUGCUGUCGGCGCCGAAAUGAAACUACUAAACCAGCAAGCGAAGAAGAGAUUUUUGCUUAAGAAUAAUACACAAUUGAACGACACUGAAGGAAUGACAAAAAUAUCACUUUUCUAGCCACUGGGACCACUGCACCUGUUGGAAUGGUGGUCGUUCGUGGAAAUUCGAUAUUAAUGUUGGAAGCACUGGAACGGAUACGAUGAUUCUAAAUUGAACUAAUCGAAAACGACAAAAGAACCCAAUACCCCAAUCCACGAUUUGUGCAUAGACUGCUAUGGAACAUUCAAUCUAUUUACCGAGCUUGUUUUUAGUAACAAUUUGUCAGUGUUAUUUUUGCAAUGAAAUUGAACUAGGCCUUCAUCAUCACCAUUUUACGUCAGCGAGUGUUUUUUAUUCCAUAGUUUUGUAGGAAAAGCACUGUUGUGUUACACAUACACGUCUCACAUUUUUAAAUUAAUUUCAAAGUAUUGUCCAAUUUUAUGUGGUGUUGAUUUUAUAUUGUUUUGACUAUUUUUGGUGGACGGGAAGGUACUUGUACGUUUUUAACUUUUCUAUUAGGUUAUGCCCGUCCUCCAGGUCCUCUGUAUUUUGUUUGUCCAUUUGUUCCUAUCAGAGUGAUCAAAUAAAAUCGAUUGAUUGACAGCCUUUGCAUUCAGACCAUGGCGUUGAGUAAACAACCUGAACUGCACGAUAAUCACCAGCGGUACAACUGGAAAACUACCGAUUCAACCACGGACAAGUACCUCACAGUAAUUUAAGCUUUUAUGGCGAAUACAACGUUUUUUUAUGCAGUACAUACCAAACAUAGCAAUUUUGUUGGAAUAUGCGAGGAUUGCUGCGUAAAGUUGCACUGUCGUCCUACUUCUGGACCACAUCGUAACUAACAGAAUACUCGCCUGCCAUCACCAAUCACACAGCUACUAGACAUGAAUAACAUCACCCUCCAUCACCGCAACAUCUAUGCACAUUGCACCCUACAUUCAUACCCAUAACAGGAGAUAUUUGUAACAUAUUAUGGAUAAUAUUCCGGUACAAAAAUUUAACGUCUAGUACGUACAAUGGCGGAGUACAUUGAGAAAAACACACACAAAGCAUCAGAAAUUUACAAUCCAAGAAAAGAUUUUGUAUCUACAUACCCUUUGUUUUGAAAUGAGCAUGACGUCAUCAG